GGCACCAAAGAAAGAGAAAUUAAUCGGCCAUUUGGCUAAAGGAUGACGAUGGCGACGCCUUUCAGUGGGGCUGCGAACUCUAUUGUGGCGGCGAGGACCGUUCUGAUAACGGGAGUGAGCAAAGGUCUGGGAAGAGCCCUAGCUCUCGAGCUGGCCAAGAGAGGUCACACUGUGAUAGGAUGCGCUCGUACUCAAGAGAAGCUCACCGCUCUUCAAUCGGAGCUCUCCUCUCCGGCCAAUCAUCUCCUCCUCACCGCUGAUGUGAAAUCAAACAGCAGUGUCGAAGAACUGGCACACACAAUUGUGGAGAAGAAGGGUGUCCCAGAUAUCAUAGUUAACAACGCCGGUACUAUCAAUAAGAACAGCAAGAUUUGGGAAGUCUCUGCUGAAGAUUUUGACAAUGUCAUGGAUACAAACGUUAAAGGAGUAGCAAAUGUGCUGCGCCAUUUUAUCCCUCUGAUGCUCCCGCGUAAGCAGGGAAUUAUUGUGAAUAUGUCUUCUGGAUGGGGAAGAUCUGGUGCUGCCCUGGUUGCACCUUACUGUGCAUCAAAAUGGGCGAUUGAGGGUUUAAGCCGAGCAGUGGCAAAGGAAGUAGUUGAAGGAAUGGCAGUAGUUGCAUUAAAUCCAGGCGUGAUCAACACAGAAUUACUCACUUCCUGCUUCGGGAACUCAGCUUCCUUGUAUCAAGCUCCUGAUGCUUGGGCUGUGAAGGCUGCGACGAUGAUUCUGAAUCUUACAGCGGGUGACAAUGGCGGAUCUCUCACAGUCUAACAACUAAGCUACACAUUUGGUUCAACAUGAGUGUUAUGGAUAAGGAGCUUCUUCAGCAGAAGGUUAGAAAAUAACCCUUGAUUUGAGGCUUUAAUUCAUUUGUUUGUAACCAGAAAUUUCAACCUUGUUAGUUUCAUGUACUUGAGUUUUAAAGCCAGGGAUGAUAUAUUUCAUAGAAGUCAGUUUUAGAUAACCAAAUAGUUAGUACGAUGUAGUAACUGUCACAAAUAUGACAACAAAGCAAUUGCCUUUUG